AUGAACAGCACUACAGGUGUCCUGCCGUUCGUGCGUGGAAUAGACUUCACCAACAAUGACUUCAGCGAUGAAAAGUUUCCGAAAAACAUCAAACACAUGUCCGGCGUGCAAUGGCUCAAGCUGGAUCGCACCCGAAUGGAGACCAUACCGGAGGAGAUGGGAAAGCUAGUCAAGUUGGAGCACUUGUCGAUGAAAAACAAUCAGCUGGAAAAGCUGUUCGGUCAACUGAGUGAGCUUAGCUGUCUACGGUCUCUCAAUGUGCGCCGCAACAAGAUCAAAAGCCACGCGAUUCCGUCUGACUUGUUUGAACUAGAGGACCUGACGACGCUCGAUCUAUCGCACAAUCGAUUGAAGGAAGUGCCGGAAGGGCUGGAAAAAGCGAAAGCCUUAUUGGUGUUGAAUUUGAGUAACAACCAAAUCGAAGCCAUUCCACCGUCGCUGUUCAUCAACCUGAACGAUCUACUCUUUCUCGAUCUAUCGAACAAUAAGCUUGAGACGCUGCCACCACAGACGCGCCGGCUUUCCAACCUGCAGACACUCAUACUUAACGACAAUCCGCUGGAACUGUUUCAACUUCGCCAGCUGCCUUCGCUGCAAAGCCUCGUAUGCCUGCAGAUGCGCAACACCCAGCGCACGAUCAACAACUUUCCCGCCUCCUUCGAUAGCCUGUUGAACCUGCAGGAGCUCGACCUUUCGCAGAACGAACUGUCCAAAGUCCCAGCUCCGCUGUACAGUUUAGUUAACCUAUGCCGGCUCAAGCUAAACGAUAACACGAUCGAAGAGCUGUCGCCACAGAUCGAAAAUCUGACAAAGCUGGAAACAUUGAACCUGUCCCGCAACAAGCUAACCGCCCUGCCGGCCACCCUCUGCAAACUGCAGGAACUACGCCGGUUACACGUGAACGACAAUUUGCUCAACUUUGAGGGCAUCCCGUCGAGCAUCGGGAAGCUGAGCGCACUGGAAGUGUUUUCGGCCUCGAACAAUCUGCUGGAAAUGGUGCCAGAAGGCUUGUGUCGCGGCUGUGGCUCGCUCAAGAAGCUCAAUCUUAGCUCGAACCGACUCAUUACGCUCCCGGAAGCGAUACACUUGCUGACGGACAUGGAACAGCUCGAUUUACGCAACAACCCUGACCUGGUGAUGCCUCCGAAACCACUCGAGGCGCAACGGGGUGACGGGUUGGCGUACUACAACAUUGACUUUUCGCUGCAGACGCAACUACGGUUGGCUGGGGCGACCGUGCCGGCGCAGGUGCAGGGGGCCGCGAACGGUGCAAAGGAUCCAAUAGCACGCAAGCUGCGGUUACGACGGGGCGCUCGGAACGAUUCGACCGACAACCAGGACUCGGCCAAGAUACUUAAGGGCAUGCAGGACAUUGCGAAGGACAAAAACUCGGGCCUUGGGUUGGGCGAGGAGAAGGUGGAGAACCUGAAACCGAAGCGAUGGGACGAAACGCUCGAGAAGCCGGCGGUGGACUACUCGGAGAUUUUCGAAGAAGAAGAUGGCCAGUGUCCGGGGCUUACCGUGUGGGAAAUCGAGAACUUCCUGCCGAACAAGAUCGAGGAAGCAGCGCACGGAAAGUUCUACGAGGGCGACUGCUACAUCGUACUCAAAACCAGCCACGACGACAGUGGCCAACUGUCGUGGGAGAUUUACUUCUGGAUUGGCACGAAAGCCACGCUCGAUAAGCGCGCUUGCUCGGCGAUUCAUGCGGUCAACCUGCGCAACUAUCUCGGUGCCCGGUGUCGGACGAUUCGCGAGGAGCAAGGUGACGAGUCGGAUGAGUUUCUUGCGCUGUUCGAUACGGACGUAGCGUACAUCGAAGGUGGCCGCACACCGACCGGGUUCUACACGAUCGAAAACGUGGUCUACAUCGUGCGGCUCUAUCGGGUGCACGAUGCCGGAGCAAACAUUCACCUAGAACCAGUGCCAGUAUCAUAUCAGUCGCUUGAUCCCGAUCACGUCUUCCUUCUCGACACCGGCCUGCAGCUGUUCGUGUGGUACGGUGUGAGGUCGAAGAACACGCUCAAAUCGAAAAGCCGCUUUACGGCGGAGAAAAUCAACAAACACGAGCGCAAGAACAAAGCAGAGAUCUUCCAGGAGUAUCAGCGUCAGGAGAGUUUAGACUUUUGGCGUGCCCUCGGAUUCGCCGACGGACAGGGACCGCAGGACGAGGAAGCCGAGAGGCUACUAGAGUCACACGUCGAUCCCGACUUUGUGCCCGUACCGCCCCGGUUGUACCAAAUCCAACUCGGUAUGGGGUACCUGGAGUUGCCGCAGGUCGAACUGACGGGGGACAAGAAAACGCUCACGCACACGCUGCUGGUCAGCAAGAACGUGUACAUUCUCGACUGCUACCUGGAUCUGUUUGUUUGGUUUGGCAAAAAAUCGACACGUCUGGUGCGUGCGGCGGCGAUCAAGCUUUCGCAGGAACUGUUCACCAUGAUCGAUCGGCCGGAGUAUGCGUUGAUAACGCGCGUCCAGGAGGGCACCGAAACGCAGGCGUUCAAGUCGAAGUUUACAGGCUGGGAGGAAAUUAUUGCGGUCGACUUUACGCGCACCGCCCAAUCUGUCGCCCGGACGGGAGCCGAUCUGACGCAGUGGGCCAAGCAGCAGCAAACGAAAGCGGAUCUAGCGGCACUGUUUAUGCCUCGGCAACCGGCCAUGACACUGCUCGAGGCACAGCAACUGGCCGAAGACUGGAACUACGAUCUGGACGUGAUGGAACCGUUUGUAUUAGAAAGCAAAAAGUUUGUCCGCUUACCGGAGGAGGAGCUCGGCGUGUUCUAUACCGGCGAGUGUUACGUGUUCCUAUGCCGUUACUGCUUGCCGGUUGAUGAUGACGAGGAAGAGGACGGCGACGGUCAAGAGGACGGCGAGUCGGCGGCAGCCGUUGACGGGCUGGCGGGUGGCACGAGGGCGAAGCAACUCGAAUCGGCACCGGCGCCCGCCGAAGAGAUUCAGUGCGUGGUGUACUUCUGGCAGGGUCGGGAAGCAGGCAAUAUGGGCUGGUUGACGUUUACCUUUACGUUGCAAAAAAAGUUUAAAUCGAUGUUCGGUGAAGAGCUGGAGGUGGUGCGGAUACACCAGCAACAGGAGAACCUCAAGUUUAUGUCCCACUUUAAGGGCAAGUUUGUCAUCAAGAACGGUCGGCGCAAGGAGCGGCAGCGCACUCCGGAAGGGAAGCUACCGGUCGAGUUCUAUCAUCUGCGCUCCAACGGCAGUGCACUCUGUACGCGCCUGAUACAGGUGCGACCGGAGGCAACGCUGCUCAAUUCCGCCUUCUGCUACAUUCUCUUCGUGCCUUUCGAGACGGAUGAUGACUCCGAGUCAGGCAUCGUGUACGUGUGGAUCGGUUCGAAGACGACGACCGAAGAGUCACGCCUUAUACAGGAAAUUGCCGAAGACAUGUUCAACAAUCCGUGGGUUAGCUUCCAGAUACUUCACGAAGGCGAGGAGCCAGAAAAUUUCUUUUGGGUUGCGCUCGGUGGCCGAAAGCCGUACGAUACGGAUGCGGAGUACAUGAACUACACGCGCCUGUUCCGGUGCUCGAACGAGAAAGGCUACUUUACGGUGGCCGAAAAGUGUUCCGAUUUCUGUCAGGACGAUCUGGCGGAUGACGACAUUAUGAUACUGGACAAUGGCGAGCAGGUGUUCCUGUGGCUUGGUUCGCGCUGCAGCGAGGUGGAGAUCAAGCUUGCCUACAAGUCAGCUCAGGUCUACAUUCAGCAUAUGCGCAUCAAGCAACCGGAACGAUCUCGAAAACUGUUUCUAACGCUGAAGAACAAAGAAUCGAAACGAUUCGCCAAAUGCUUCCACGGCUGGAGUGCACACAAAAAACCCCCGGAGUAGAGGUUUACAGAGAUUAGAUAGAUUGAACUGGCGGGGAACCGCCCGGAAUCCAAUUUUGACCAACUUCAAGCACAAUCGUUACUUGAUAUAUAGUGUGAAUACCGUUAUUUUUUUAUCUCUGUUGCUUCAUUGCAUAUUUUAUUUCAUGAUUGGUGUAUGAGCGAAUCGUGUAAAACGGAAAACGUAGCAGGUUACUUUGCUUUCCGUCAUAACAAAUCGUGAUGAACUUUAAAACGUCCCAACUCAUGGACAACGCCAAAUCCGUUUGUGGUAGUCACUGUGUUUAUGCUCGUGCGUCGUGCGUAUUGUUUUUGUACAGGUUGUACAUGUUUCGUAGGUUUAUAAUUUCCCUAUUUUACCUUACACCCUCGGUUCCUCGCUUCCACUCACCGGAGUAAAAGUAGUAUUUUCGUAACGCCUUCCGAAUGGGACUAGAUUCUCGCGCUGCGGAGUGUGCGUUGAUGGGAGCUCAAAAGACAGUGUAAAUAAAUCAGUGGAACGUUUCGAAGGUGUACCGUUUAGUGGACUUAGUCAAACACGCACACUUGGACGUUGCUGACCGGUCGGUUGCUUCGGAACAGUGGCCCAAAACGAAGAACAGUAGUUUGCUUUGCGUUUCUGUUUUGAAUAUACUUAUUUAUUCGCCUCAACAACUACUCGGACCGUCAGAAAACGUUCGCUGGUGUUAUGUUCGUUUAAAUCACCCCACACCACUACGCGAGUGAGGGUGAAAAGCGCAGGAGAAAAUGUUCAUAAAACUAUAAACUUACUAGCAAAAUUAUGUACAAAUAAAAAUCUACUGAAGAGAUUGAACGGCCGAAGCGACAGUAUAGAAUUGGUAACAAAUCGCAAUAAUAACAUGAAAAUCGUAAAGCGUGUUUUGCAUCGAUCUUUCUGCUGUCUGCUCGGGGCCCAGAGCUGGAACCUUGGUGUGCCGAAAGAAAUCUUCGAUA